AUGGAAGGAGGAGAAAAUGAUUAUGGAUUUUCAUUAACAACAUUCAGUCCCAGCGGAAAAUUAGUUCAAAUUGAAUAUGCUCUUAAUGCUAUUUCUGCUGGUUCAACUAGUGUAGGUAUUAAAGCUAAAGAUGGAAUUGUAUUAGCAGUAGAAAAAUCAUUACCACCAAUGUAUAUAAGUGAGUCAAUACAAAAAAUUAAUCAUUUAUGUGAUAGCGUUGGAAUGGUAAGUAGUGGAAUGGGACCUGAUGCUCGAGUAUUAGUAAAAAAAGGAAGAAAAGAAGGACAAAAGUAUUGGUUAGAAUAUCAAGAAGAUAUAAAUUGUUCAAUGAUGACAAGAAAGUUAGCAUAUUUAAUGCAAGAAUAUACUCAAAAAGGAGGUGUUAGACCUUUUGGAGUUAGUGUAUUAGUUGCAGGAUUUGAUGGUAAAGUACCACGUUUAUACCAAGUUGAUCCAAGUGGAUCAUUUUGGACUUGGAAAGCCACAGCACUUGGAAAGAAUAUGACAUCAGUCAAGACAUUCUUAGAAAAACGAUAUCACGAUGAUAUUGAAUUAGAAGAUGCUAUUCAUACUGCUAUUUUAGCAUUAAAAGAGGGAUUUGAAGGAGAAAUGAAUGAACAUAAUAUUGAAAUUGGAAUUUGUACAAAAGAAAAUGGAUUUAAAGUGUUAACUCCAUCAGAAAUCAGAGAUUAUUUGGAUAUUGCCAAUUAA